ACACCAGUUCCAUGUUUAUCAACAUUCUGUGUACAUAAAAGUCGUUCUUUACCACCAACCACAAACACAAGUGCCAACGAUGCAAAGUCUUCCAAAUAAAAUCCCUACUGAAACAAAACCACCUCGCUGCUCCAGCUACCUAAACCCCUAUAAAUGCCACUGCAACUUCCAAACCAACCUCCUCGUAAACUUCCUCCGCCAUUUUCACUCAACGCCCGCCAUUUUGAAGUGCCAAAAGUGCAACUAUCCCACCUCUUCUCGCCUCCUCUACCUCAAACACCGCCUCACUUGCACCACCCCCAAAAAACCCAAACCCCUAAAAAUAUUCCAGUGCGACCACUGCCCCUACUACGGCAAACGCGCCAGCCGCCUCCGAAUCCACAUCUCCAAAAACCACCCCCAAUACACCACCCAGUGGCGGCACUGCCCCCACUGCCCCUACAAAUCCACCGAACAAUACGUCAUCAACCGACACCUCCUCCGCAAGCACACCCCCGACUACGGCUUCCACUGCCCCCACUGCGACUACAAAACCAAAGUCAAGUUUCGCCUCACCGCCCACCUGCGCUCCGAGCACGCCCCCCCAGACGAAGUCGAGUGGUUCACGUGCCCCAGUUGCCCCUACAGGUCCAAAAUGAAGCACGUCUUGAAGAAGCACGUGACUUUGAAGCACUUGCCUCACGUCGAGUGGUUCCAGUGCGAGUUCUGCGAGUACAAGUCGAAGCUGAGGCACGUUUUGCGGAACCACGUGAUCGCGAAGCACGAAUCAGAGGAGAACAUUCGGUGGUUCGAGUGUGCGCGGUGUGAGUAUAGGGCGAAGAGGAAGUUCCAUUUGGUGAGGCACAUGCUGAGGCAUAGGACGGACGAAGAGGUUGAGUGGUUUGAGUGUGAGAAGUGUAGUUAUCGGGCGAAGAAGGCCGACGGGCUGAGGAAGCACGUACUGUAUAGGCAUACGGCGGCGGAGGAGAUUCAGUGGUUUGAAUGUGGGAAGUGCGAGUAUAGGGCGAAGACGAGGUCGGCUUUGCUGAGUCACGUGGCGGGGAGGCACGUGGUUUUGACUGACGGGAACUGAGUACCUUAU